AUGAAGCACUCCAUUUAUCUCGCUAUACUGGCCCUUGCCGGCGGCGUGCUGGCCUAUGAUUAUCCGCCCAUUCCCAAGGACCUCACCACCCCGUCUCAGCAACGCUUGGCUAUCCACGGCCCCAAUGCGGUGUCGGUCGCCUGGAACACAUAUGCUCCGUUGAAUCACACCUGUGUGAGCUAUGGCACCUCUGAAAACGACUUGUCUAAAGUGCAAUGCUCUUCGUCUGCCUCCACCACCUAUCCGACCUCACGCACUUGGUCCAACGUGGUGGCUCUGACAGGCCUUACCCCGGCGACGACGUACUACUACAAGAUUGUGUCUACCAACUCAAGCGUUGGCCACUUUCUCAGUCCUCGGACUCCCGGUGAUCGGACGCCAUUCAACGUGAGCGUCGUUAUUGACCUGGGCGUCCAGGGUGCGGAUGGGUACACUGUAAAGAAGAGGGACUCUCCUAUUACCGUCUCUCCCUCUCUGAACCACACCACCAUUCAGCGCUUGGCAAAAACGGCCAACAAUUAUGAAUUUGUGAUUCAUCCCGGGGAUUUUGGUUAUGCCGACGAUUGGUAUCUCAAACCCCAGAAUCUGCUUGAUGAGAAAGAUGCGUAUCAAGCUAUCCUGGAACAGUUUUAUGCCGAGCAGCUUGCUCCCAUUUCCGGCCGUAAGCUCUACAUGGCUAGCCCCGGUAACCACGAAGCCGACUGCGAGGAGAUUGACUAUACUACGGGUCUUUGCCCCGAAGGCCAGCGUAACUUCACCGACUUCAUGCAUCGCUUCCACGACACCAUGCCUACUGCGUUCGGGUCCUCUUCAUCCAGCACCAAGGCUCAAACCCUCGCUCAGAAAGCGCAGUCCCUCGCCAAUCCGCCUUUCUGGUACUCUUUCGAAUAUGGCAUGGCCCACAUCGUCAUGAUCGACACCGAAACAGAUUUUCCGUCGGCACCGGAUGGCCAAGAUGGCUCAGCUGGUCUUGAUGGUGGACCUUUUGGUGCUCCGCACCAGCAGCUCGACUUUCUGGCUGCCGACCUGGCCAGCGUCGACAGGUCUGUGACGCCGUGGCUCAUUGUCGCAGGACACCGACCAUGGUAUUCAACUGGCUCAGACAACAGCUGCGGGCCCUGUCAAGAUGCGUUUGAAUCGCUGUUCUAUAAAUACGGCGUGGAUGUGGGCGUUUUCGGCCAUGUGCACAACUCUCAGCGCUUUUACCCGGUCAACAACAGCAUUGCGGAUCCCCACAACAUGACCAAUCCCUCGGCACCCAUGUACAUUGUUGCUGGAGGUGCGGGCAACAUUGAGGGGUUGGAUUCACCAGGCAGUGAGCCCUCCUACACGGCCUUUGCCUACGGGGAUGAUUACAGCUACGCCACAUUGAACUUCCUGGACCAAAAACAUUUACAGGUUACCUUCAUCCGGUCCUCUACGGGAGAUAUCUUGGAUUCGAGUGUGUUGUACAAGAAUCACUCGACCGCGUUCGUCGUGCAGUGA